AUGGAGUUCAACAAGAAAGAGAAUGUUUGUUUUAGUAUCAAGUCUGAUGAUGAGCGUUUGAUGGAGUUUUCCCCAGUUGUAGAAAGAAAGAAUUUGGUGGACGCAGAAGGUUCUGUAUCUGAUGAGGGCUAUAAAGAUAUUGCUGAUUUGCUGCCCAACGACCCGUUUGGCAUGGAGUUCAAUAUAGGUCUGCCUGUUGACCCCUUUGACAUGGAUUUCAAAAUAAGUUUGCCUGCAGACCCUUUCGGCAUGGAUUUCGGUAGAGGGACAACUUUCAAGGCCGUUACUGGUUGGAUAGAAGAAUUCAGUCUAAAAGGUUUUGGCUUUGAGAGCGAUCAAGCUCCCGAAGAUAAGAAUAACGCUGAUAGCAAGAUAGUUGCUGGGUUGAAUUUUUACUGGACCAGCUCUAUGGAAUAUGAGCAGAAGGAGGGAGACAAUGAGAUUCUUGAUCAUGGUUUAAGGGCAUAUUCUAAGGAUGGGUCAGAUGACGAGCAAGAUAAGCUAGGUGGUGAAGUGAAUGACUUGAUGUGCUUUGGCUGUGAAAAGUAUGGGCGCUUUGCAAAUUUGAAGGAUAAUAAUGAUUCGUAUGGGGGUGAUCCAGCUGAUGCUCUCUUCUUUUCUCUUAGUUAUCUUGGUGUUAAGGACCUCCUUUCUGUUGAACGGGUUUGCAAAUCCUUGCAGGAUGCUGUUCGCGAAGAAAUCCCUAUUUGGAAAAAUAUUCGUGUAGAUCACCCCUUGAAUGGUAAGAUUACUGAUGAUGGUCUUCUUGGGUUAACUAACAGGGCUAAGGGUAACCUAUCCAGCUUGAGCCUUGUUAAGUGUUCGAAGAUCACAAAUACUGGUCUUAAGCGCUUAAGCGUGCAAGGUUGCCGCAAACUCAGCAUUGACUGCAUUCUGCAUGAUCUGAAGGCCUUCAAUUCAGUUGCGUAUCCUGGCAUCAAGCAACUAAGGAUUGGUGAGCUGCAGGGCCUAACCAUCCAGCACUACACAGAGUUCAACCUUUUGUUAGGGACAUGUGAGGACAAAAAGGCCGGGAAUUACAAACCGAGGUUUUUUCGAGCGGAAGAUCUGUAUCUCUCUCUAGACGACGAGCGGGCCAUCGACAUCGAGAUGUGCCCGAGAUGCCAUCAGGUGAAGGAAGUGUACGAUUGCCCUGCUGACACCUGUCGCGAGAAGAUCCACUCGGCAAACGCGUGCAGAGGUUGCAUUUUCUGCAUCUCUCGUUGCAUUAGCUGCGGUUGCUGCCUAGACAACAAAGCUUACGAGGAGACUUUCUGCCUCGACUUGCUUUGUCUCGACUGCCUGAGCCAGCUGUUUAAUUGCCGAGAGGGUCAUGCUUGCUUUCACCAGAAAGCGAGUUAUCACUUUUUCUUACGCGGCUAG